AUGAACGACGAGGACGACAAGGACUCAGACAUCCUAGUAGAGGCUGGCAUUCCGGACAUAGAAAGGCAACAACAAGAUCAAUUCCGCGGAAAGAACGAAGACAACAAAGAGCAAGAUCCCAACAUCGUCGACUGGGACGGACCCGAUGAUCCCCAGAAACCAAUGAACUGGUCUCCAUUCCGCAAAUGGGCAAUUGCAAUCAACAUGGGUCUAAUGACACUCGUCGUAACAUUCUCAUCUUCAGUCCUCAGCAGCGCAAUCGUACCAACAAGUGUCGAAUUCGGCGUCAGCGAAGAAGUCAUGGUUCUCAUGGUCAGUCUAUUCGUGUUAGGAUUCGCCUUCGGCCCAGUCGUUUUCGGCCCAAUCUCCGAGCUCUAUGGACGAAAGAUUCCUCUCUUCUCGGGAUAUUUCCUGUUCGCCAUCUUCCAGAUCCCUAUAGCUGUGGCACAGAAUCUGCAUACGAUUAUGAUUUGCAGAUUCUUUGGAGGCUUAUUCGCCAGCUCACCUUUGGCUGUUGUGGGUGGAGCCAUGGCUGAUUUCUUUGAUCCCGUGACUCGUGGUGUUGCCCUCUCGCUGUUUGGUGCUGCGACGUUCGUCGGACCUACGCUAGGACCUAUUCUUGGAGGUUUCAUAACCAUGUCGCACCUUGGGUGGCGCUGGACUCAAUGGAUUACGCUGAUCAUGGCUGCACUUUUCGGAGGCAUUGGGCUUUUCGUCAUUCCAGAAACAUUCGGGCCGCGUUUACUUCAACUCAAAGCCAGGAAGCUCAAAUAUCAAACUCGAAACUGGGCACUCCACGCGCCUCUCGAUGAGAAACAAGUCAGUCUCCAAGACAUCGCGGAAAGGUACAUCCUUCGACCUUUUAGGAUGUUGAUGCUCGAACCAAUCCUGGUCCUCAUCACGCUCUACAUCUCCCUCAUUUAUGGCAAGUCAACCAAGCAAAAUUUGUCUCCUACCUGUCUAAUCUACCUCUUCUUCGAAUCCUUCCCCAUCUCCUUCGAAAUCGAACGCGGCUACAACUUGGGCGUCGGAGCCCUCCCCUUCCUCGCAGUCCUCAUCGGCGUCAUCAUCGGCUCCCUCGCAACCAUAGCGAUAACCAAAACCCGCACAGCCCGCAUCUUCGCUGAAAAGGGAUCCAUCGUCCCCGAAGAACGUCUGAUCCCCAUGAUCAUCGGCGGCUGCAUCCUCCCCAUCGGAAUGUUCUGGUUCGGCUGGACCUCGAACAAACACAUAUCCCCCUGGCCGCAAAUCAUCUCGAGCAUCCCCAUCGGAAUCGGAAUCAUGAUGAUAUUUUUGCAAGGGUUGAAUUACAUCAUCGAUUGCUAUAAAUUCAAUGCGAAUUCUGCGAUUGCGGCGAGUACGUUUUUUCGGAGUUGGGUGGGGGCUGGGUUUCCGCUUUUUGCCACGCCGAUGUUCAAGAAUUUGGGCGUGCCGUGGGCGAUGAGUUUGUUGGGGUUUUUGUGUAUUGCGAUGGUGCCGGUGCCGAUUUUGUAUUUUGUUUUUGGGGCGAGGAUUCGGAAGUUGUCGAGGUAUUCGCCGGAUUAG